GCGCGCUGACGUCACGUCGCGUGCGCCUUCUCGAGCCUGCGCAGUGGUCGGAAGGUCGUCCCUGUGACCGUCUUGGCUGUUGAAGUACCAGUCGCCAUGUUGUCGGUCGCCGCCCGUUCGGGGCCCUUUGCGCCCGUCCUGUCGGCCACGUCCCGCGGGGUGGCGGGCGCCUUGCGACCCCUGGUGCAGGCCUCGGUGCCCGCCACCCCGGAGCCACCUGUGCUGGACCUGAAGCGUCCCUUCCUGUGCCGGGAGUCGCUGAUUGGGCAGGCCGCGAGCCGGCCUUUGGUCGCCUCCGUGGGCCUCAAUGUCCCUGCUUCUGUUCGUUAUUCCCAUACAGACAUCAGAGUGCCUGACUUCUCUGACUAUCGUCGUGCUGAAGUGUUAGAUAGUACAAAGUCUUCAAAAGAGAGCACUGAGGCUAGAAAAGGCUUCUCCUAUUUGGUAACUGCAACAACUACUGUGGGCGUCGCCUAUGCUGCCAAGAAUGUCGUCUCCCAGUUUGUUUCCAGCAUGAGUGCUUCAGCUGAUGUGUUGGCCAUGUCAAAAAUUGAAAUCAAGUUAUCUGAUAUUCCAGAAGGCAAGAACAUGGCUUUCAAAUGGAGAGGCAAGCCCCUGUUUGUGCGUCACAGAACCAAGAAGGAAAUUGAACAGGAAGCCGGUGUUGAAGUGUCCCAGUUGAGGGAUCCACAGCAUGAUUUAGAACGAGUAAAGAAACCUGAAUGGGUUAUCCUGAUAGGUGUUUGCACUCAUCUUGGUUGUGUACCCAUUGCAAAUGCAGGAGAUUUUGGUGGUUAUUACUGCCCCUGCCAUGGGUCACACUAUGAUGCGUCUGGCAGGAUCAGGAAGGGGCCUGCACCUCUCAACCUUGAAGUUCCCUCGUAUGAAUUCACCAGUGAUGAUGUGGUUAUUGUUGGUUAGAGACUUGGACUCAAGUUACAGGCUUCUCUCAGUCUUCAUGUCACCUUAGAAGAGUUACUUGAGAGCAGUCCUUCUGUACUUCAAAUUGAUUGAUUUGAAAUACUUAAGAAUUGCUGAUAAUGUAUUUGUAAACAUUGUGAAGUAAAUUGAAUUAAGUAUUGAAUACUUUCAAGCAUUCACCUAAUAAAACCUCUCUUAAACUUCAUUAAGCUCAGUCA